AUGUGGAGCCUCAUCGCUCUGGACUUUCCCCUUCGUCGCCCAUACACUCACGCCCUACGUGAUGCAGCCAGGCUCUCUCACCCACAAGAUUAUGACGAAAAGACGCCAGAAUCAUUCCUGCGAGCAGUGCAGAAAGUCCAAGAAAGCCUGCGACGGCUACCUGAUCAAUGGCGACCAGAGAAGCAGUGUUGUGAAGCCGUCGACCUCUUGCUUCCUUGUUCUUACUGCGUCAGAACCAACAAGACAUGCAGUCUGAACCCGCACUGGGUACAAUGCCAUCAACCCUCCACUGUGCAAGGUCUCGAUGAUGGACAACGCCAAGUCAAGAGGCAACGACUGCAGGCGAGGAACAAUGUGGAAUCGAACUCUUGCGACACCGUGGAUAAUAUGACCGUCCUAGACUCGUUGGUGCAGCUCCUACAGGCGUCUCCAGAAGGAAGCGAUGUCCUGCCCGGCGACCCUCCUUCCAUCGGCGAUUGCAACCCAGGUGGAGCAACGCAGGAACAAGAAGAACUUGAAAGCCUAGAUAGCUUGGGGCAAUUCAACACUGUGUCUCCAUCAUCCCUGCAGAGAAGCGGGUUGAAUGAUCCUGCGAAUCCAACAAUGACCGAUUGCGGUGCCGACUCAUCAAACAUCGAUAUGCAAAGCAUCCUCCUUGAUCUCACACAAGGAAAUUCGGUCUACCCCGGUUUCAUGUCCCCUGCAUCUUCGCAGUUGCCGGAUUCACAAAGUGAACUGCAGCGAGGAGACGAGCAAUGCAAUGUCCCCAUCAACAUGCGCGACAACCACGCCAUGUCAUUUUCCACCUUCGCUGCUGAUCAUCUGAUGAUGGAAAACUCGAACAGAGUACUCAUCUCCGACAGUCUUCUUCAAAUAUAUCAUGAUGUUCUUGAGAACAACCUCGCCUGCUGGCUUGCGGAAGCUACGUGUCCCUACAGGCUGCAAAGAAGGAGGUGCGAGCCACCACCCACGCAGCAAACUCCUCUUCUUGGAACAUCGACAGACCCAGAAUGGGGCGUUACGUGGUCGAAUCGAAUGUAUCGCCGCACCAGGCAGCUCGACCGGUCCGCUCAGUCGGUCGGGCUGAUCCGUCUCUCUGCCUACGAGAAUCAAGCGUCCUCCAGAGCGCUCAAUCUAGCCGUCAUGGCGUUUUCCACGCAAUGGGCCCAGGGAAAACGGCGUUGGAACUCGCUUCACGAGGCGAGGAGGCGUGAAAAUCUAAUUGACCACGACGGCGAAGAGCUCGGCGACGAGUUUGAGCAAAUUCUCCGGCGAUCCAUUUGGGAACAGGCAAGACGCGCGCUCCAAGAUGUCUCAGAUCUGGAAUGCUACAAGGUCGUGUUUGCCGAAUUGAUCUUCGGUCUCGUCCAGGAGCCUUCUCCGGGCGCCCGGCAUGGCCGGGAUGCAACGAUCAGGUCCGCGACCAGCAAUCUGUAUACAAGCGUUACCACCUCCCUUUUACCUGAAAUCAAGGAGAUUAUUGAGCGAGAAGGGCCACCUGUAUUCAUCGAGCGAGCAGCCCGCAAGAUCCACGCGCUCAAAUAUCGAUUCGAAGCCCACCAAGCAGGGUUUCAACAUGCCGCUCGCAAUUGUGGCAGCAGACCGAGCGCUGAGGUUUCUCUCGGAAUGAGCGCAGAAGAUCGACAAACUAUCGGUCUUUUGUACUGGCUUGCAGUCAUGUUUGACACAGUCUCUUCGUCUAUACACGGGCGACCGGUCGUCGUGCCUGACGAGGAAUGUCAGCAUGAUGCAGCACAGAGGGAGGCCAAGCGUCACACCAAAGGACCGGCGAUGAAUGUGCGAUGGAAACUUGACCUAUAUGCACAGGAUAAUACUGAGAAGCCCUCGCCUUUGCAUUGGCCUUGUCCGUACGAAGUUGCAACCAGCGCUGUUGCCAGGUCAGCGGCCGUGAAAGUGCUGCUGUUCCGCCAUGUCUCAUACCUUCAAAGCAGCUUGAGGAGGUUUGAGCACGGCGCAGCCAUUGAGGAAAUAAUCAAGACCACGCUCUCUGUUUAUCGAUACUGGGACAUCACCCACGGCACUUUCUUCCGCGACCUAACCAAGAAUUAUGAAUCCGUCCCUCCGCGCAUAAAGAGCUGGUUUCCAUGUAUCAGUAUCCCCUGGCACUUAGGCUCGCUUUUACUCGCAGACCUGAUUGAUUUCGUGGACGAGAACCGGCUUGGCUGCGACGGCCACAGGGCCAAGCGUCUCCACGUCGGCCUGGUGACGAAAAUUCGGCGAGCCAGUUCGAUUGAGCUGGCAGAGCUUGCAGCGGUCAUAACGCCGCAGGCCCCCGAGACCAUGAGUUCAAAGCAGCUACCUGACUUUCACUUUGCGGUCAAUGGAAGCCCCGUCCUGACGGAGCCCUGGACAGUCCUUCUCAUUCGAGCUUUUACAAUCGCUUCCGUCCUCCACAUCAGGGAAACGGAAGAGCUACAAAAACGUCAAUGGUUCGAUAUGGACUAUAGCAACGAGCCGGUUCAAGUCAGCACUGCACGAGCUGAAAGCUGCAUUGUGGCGCUUCGAUUUCUGGGCAGCAAGUCGCGGAUGGCUGAAACUAUUGCAAUGGUUGUAUCUAAUUAUCUAGACACGCUGAGAUAUGCAUGA